UCUCUCUCUCUCUCUCUUUCCCUAUCUAUAUAUGUAUAUAAAUAUAUAACCAAUUCACAAGCCAGAAUCUCAUAACUGAAAACAAAAAGAGUUCACGAGUCAUUUAUUCUGUUCAAUGGCGGUUUCCGAAAAACCCAGAAGAAGCCUGCAGGUAAUAUUGUUUCUUGUUCUGGUUCUUGUUGGUUUGAGCGUAAAUGGAGUUGAAGGGAGGAAGAAGGUGAAGCAUCAUCAUGAUCACGAUAAUGAUCAGAUUGUAGCUAACUUCGAGUACAGUGCUAUAAAUUGCAGAGCUCAUAAUGCAGUUUUAACUGAUUUCGGAGCAGUUGGAGAUGGAGAAACAUUGAACACGAAAGCUUUUCAAGAUGCAAUUGACCAUUUGAGUCAAUUCUCAUCGUCUGGCGGAUCUCAACUCUUCGUUCCUCCUGGAAAAUGGUUAACUGGAAGUUUCAAUCUCACCAGCCAUUUUACCCUUUAUCUUCACAGAGACGCUGCUCUUCUUGCUGUUCAGGAUGAAAGAGAAUGGCCUGUGAUUGACCCACUACCAUCUUAUGGUAGAGGAAGAGAUGCACCCGGUGGAAGAUACGUAAGUCUUAUAUUUGGAACCAACUUAACCGAUGUUGUUAUAACAGGUGACAAUGGCACCAUUGAUGGACAAGGUGCUCCAUGGUGGCAAAAAUUUCACAGAGGCAAGCUGAAAUACACUCGUCCGUACCUAAUUGAGAUCAUGUACUCUGAUGGUGUUCAAAUUUCUGAUCUCACAUUGUUAAACUCUCCAUCAUGGCAUGUUCAUCCCGUUUAUAGCAGCAAUGUUAUUGUCAAAGGCUUAACAAUACUUGCUCCAGUAACAGUUCCAAAUACUGAUGGUAUAAACCCAGAUUCAUGUACCAAUACGGUGAUCGAGGACUGUUACAUUGUCUCUGGAGAUGAUUGUAUAGCAAUUAAAAGUGGAUGGGAUGAAUAUGGAAUUUCUUUUGGGAUGCCAACGAAACAACUAGCAAUUAGACGACUCACUUGCAUUUCUCCAGACAGUGCAGUGAUCGCAUUAGGGAGCGAGAUGUCCGGUGGAAUUGAAGAUGUCAGGGCAGAGGAUAUUGUUGCUAUCAACUCGGAAUCUGGUGUAAGAAUCAAGACUGGUGUAGGCAGAGGUGGAUAUGUUAAAGACAUAUUCGUAAGGAGAAUGGUAAUGCAAACAAUGAAGUAUGUUUUCUGGAUUACAGGAAACUACGGCUCUCAUCCAGACGACAAAUACAAUCCUAAUGCACUUCCUGUCAUCCAAAACAUUAAUUAUCGCGACAUGGUUGCAGAGAAUGUAACAAUGGCAGCUCAACUACAGGGCAUUGAGGGAGAUGUCUUCAGCGGAAUUUGCAUAUCUAAUGUGACAGUCGGUUUGUCGAAGAAGCCAAAGAAAAUUCAAUGGAAUUGUGUUGAUAUUGAGGGGACUACUAGUGGCGUAGUUCCUCCGGCAUGUGAACAAUUGUCGGACAAAGAACCGGAUACACUUGUACCCUGUAAUUUUCCAGAAGACAACUUGCCAAUUGAUAACUUAGAGCUUCAGACAUGCUCCUGGCACCCAAAGAUGUAGGGUACCACGAAAAUUUAUGUAUGUUUCCACCUGAAAUAUUAUAAUUAGAUGGUUGUGCUUAAAGACAUAUAUGUACCCUGUAAAAUGUUUAUGAUUUUCUUGUGAUUGCUUUCUUGACAAUCUAAGCCUUAUCGAUGCUACAGCA